UCAAGAAGCCGGGCAAGGACGACUACACUCUGGCAAAAGCGUGGCGGCCGAUCUCACUGCUAGCUACCUUGGGUAAAGUGCUGGAAUCGGUGAUUGCGGAGAGGAUAUCACAUGCGGUUGAGUCCUACGGUCUCUUACCGACGAAUCACUUCGGGGCAAGAAAACAACGGUCGGCUGAGCAAGCGCUCUUGCUCCUCCAAGAGCAGGUGUUCACGGCGUGGCGAGGUCGGCGCGUGCUCAGCCUGGUCAGCUUCGAUGUGAAAGGGGCGUAUAAUGGGGUGUGCAAGGAAAGACUGAUCGAGAGGAUGAGGGCGCGAGGCAUUCCGGAGGAUCUCCUCCGGUGGGUAUCGGCCUUCUGCUCCGACCGCACAGCAUCGAUCCAAGUCAACGGACAAUCGUCGGAGAGGCGAAGCUUGCCCCAGGCAGGCUUGCCACAGGGAUCGCCGUUAUCUCCCAUCUUGUUCCUCUUCUUCAAUGCGGACCUGGUACAGCGACGAAUCGACAGCAACGGAGGAGCAAUGGCCUUUGUCGACGACUUUACGGCAUGGGUCACAGGACGCACAGCCCGAGACAACCGCGAGGGCAUCGAGGCCAUCAUCGGUGAUGCCCUCGACUGGGAGAGAAGGAGCGGAGCCACGUUCGAGGCGGACAAGACAGCCAUCAUUCACUUCACCCGGAAAGACUACAAGUCGGACCCGGACGCCUUUACAAUCAAAGGUCAAAUCGUUCAACCGAAGAAACACACCAAGAUCCUCGGCGUCAUCAUGGACGCUGGGCUCAAGUACAAAGAACAUAUCGCGAGGGCGUCGUCGAAGGGUCUACAAGCGGCACUCGAGCUGCAGCGACUCAGGGGCCUGUCACCAGCGACGGCGCGACAGCUGUUCACAGCAACGGUGGCGCCGGUGGUGGACUACGCCUCCAACGUAUGGAUGCACGCGUACAAG